AUGAACGAUUCCAAACCAGUUGGAGCAGUCUAUCUGAUUCGCAGUGGGCACAAGAGCAACGUCUUUGAGCAGACUUUUAUUAAAGGUCAUGACCUUUGGGAGUUUUCGGUUGACAGCAAUGGCUACCUUUUUGUCAAAGGCUGCAUUGACUCCAUCUAUACUGUAUAUCAUAAUCGUAAGAACCAUCGACCUGCAACAGAUGUGAGUGGACAAGCGCUGUCUUACUUCAGUGACAAUUGUGAUGGUUCUGCAGGGACCACUAUUCUUAACGUUUGUCCAAUUGGUAAACAUGCCGCUUUGAUUGUGUUUUGUUCACACUCGUGUGGGCCUGAAGAUGCGACCUCAGCUUCGUUAUAUUUUAUUGUUCUCGCAGACAAAACCGCUCACGUGCACCUGUUAGCUGAGAGUUACGGAGAAGGGUGCAUUCACAGGGAACAAUGGACCUUUAAAGUUGACCCCGAAAACUGCAAUCUACGUGUAUUUGGACCCUCUGGGCCCUGCAGAUUUGCUACAAUUACUAAUAUCAGCGAGAAUCUUUUAAACAAUUCAGACAGGCACUUCAUUACAGCUUCUUGUUUAGUGCCGGGCGCCCCAGCAAAUUUCAAAGGAAACACUAAAAUAACACCUGAAGAAAUUCUUGUAACUGUAAGCGACAAAUGUGCAAUUAAUUUAUUUGUUAAUUGUUUGUUUCUUUGUCGGAUUCCUUCGGAAGAAUUGAUUGCUUCUGAUUCUAAGUGGAUUUACAAAAGAUCAUGGCUGGAUGAUGAAAUUGGAAUUGGUAUAGCAUUGGUUCAAGUUUUUGCUGACCUGUCGGAUGAUGGCUCAACACAAAUUGAACUCACCGGAUCUCCUCAUCAAAUCAUUCGUCAACCUAAAGGAGUUAUAACUUCUGUAAAUUGUGGCGGACCGUCUUUUCAUUCCCUUGAAGAUGACAUUGUUUAUAUCAGUGAACAUUCACGCUUUGCCAGUUUUUCGUAUGAUUUUAAUUUUGGUACCCGAUCGAAAUGUCUUGGUGGAAUCAAAAUAAACACAUCUUUUCAACAACAAAUCACCGGAAGUAGGGAUGGUUUUCUGUACACAACUUCCCGUAGCCCAAGAGUUGAAGCAAUUGAUGAACAAACUGUUACUUAUACGAUUGAUAAAAUUCCAAAUGGAAAUUUCAAAGUUCGCUUGCAUUGUUUGGCCCAAAAUUGUGGCCGCAUCACCAUAAAUGAUGUAUAUGUUUCUCCCCAGAUCCACAAAGAAUUUAGCCUUCAAACUGAAAUAUCUGCUGGUUACCACGCACAUACAGCCGACGUUCCGGUGACGGUGUCUGAAAACCAAUUAAACAUUUGUUCUAAGGAUACAGCUCUCUGCGCUUUCGCUUUACUUGAUGAAGAUUUCCCGUGUAACAAGUCAAGUCGGUCAAAAGAAGAAAGAAACGCGCUCAAGGAAGAAACAGUCAAAUUAACAGAGUCUGUGGCGCCAAUUGCACGAACGCUACUCAAGAAAAAAAUGAAAAUCAUUGGCUGGUCGCAAAAUCUCUUGCAGAAUGCUAGUGGAGAGCAAAACAGUUUAGUUCAUUGGAACCCUUAUGGUGACUGGGGAAUUCACGAGGGUGGUUACGGCACUGAAAAAGCUUUCAAGACUUCUUAUAUGAAAUGCACGAAACAGCAGGAAGUGGACCUCACGGAUUAUUUCUCUUCUGAAUACCUGGAUUCUGUGCCAGAAAUACAGGUCAGUGAAUGGUAUCGUGAGGGAGUCUGCGGUGGGGGUUACUACAGUAUGACAGCUACACUAAUGGACGAAAAUGGAACGGUAAUCAAAAAAUAUACAAGUGGAGAAAUUGGUAAAAUCUAUCAAGAUAACAAAUGGAUGGAAGCGAGUGUGAUAUUUUCCGAUUAUGGUCCUGGAGUCAGGUGUGUCAGUUUGGAAUCAUCAGGUAAAGAUGACAAAUACUGGAAAGGACAUUAUGGGCCCCUGAUGUCUGCAGCAAUGAUUCGCGUAAAACGACAAUCUCAAUCUGCUGUAGAUGAUGUCUAUAGUGAUAUUGAUCUGAGUGCCUGGCAAACUUCAGAGAAUUCUUCUCAGCUGGAUGAAUUUUUGACUAAAUCUUUUUGUCAUUCUUUUAUUCUUUCUGUCAUUCUUUUAUUCUUUUCGGAAUUCUCUUAUUCUUUUUAUUAUUCUUUUAUUCUUUUCGAUAUACUUUUAUUCUAUUCUUCAUUCUUUUAUUCUUUCUGUCAUCCUUUUAUUCUUUUUGACAUUCUUUUAUUCAAUUUAUCAUUCCUUUAUUCUUUUCAUCAUUCUUUUAUUAUUUUCGUCAUUCUUUUAUUCUUUUGUCAUUCUUUUAUUCUUUUUAUUAUUCUUUUAUUCUUUCGAUAUACUUUUAUUCUAUUCUUCAUUCUUUUAUUCUUUCUUCUUUCUUUUGUUCUUUUUAUCAUUCUUUUAUUAUUUUCGUCAUUCUUUUAUUCUUUUGUCAUUCUUUUAUUCUUUUUAUCAUUCCUUUAUUCUUUCUGUCAUUCUUUUAUUCUUUUCAUCAUCCUUUUAUUAUUUUUUCUUUUAUUCUUUUGUCAUUCUUUUAUUCUUUUGAUUUUUCACGAUUCCUUUAAUCUUUACGUCAUUCUUUUAUUAUUUUUCUUUCAUUCUUGUCAUCAUUCCUUUAUUCUCUUAUUCUUUACGUCGUUCAUUUAUUCCUUUCGUCAUUCUUUUAUUUCUUUCUUCAGCACUUUUCGUGAUUUCACUCAAGAACGAGAAGAAUUGAUUAAAAAAACAUUCCAAGAGAUCAAUCGAAAAUGUCUGGAACGAGGUAUUUUUUUUACUUAUGUCGACUUACGAUGGGGAAUUAGCAAAGAACAAACUGACGACGGAAAAACCGUAGCGAUUUGCUUAAAAGAGAUUGAUCGCUGUCGGCCAUAUUUUGUGUGUCUCCUUGGUAAUCGUUUCGGUUGGAGUCAGAAGAUGGAUAAAACAGAUGAACUCCUCAAUGGAAGCAUUAAUUACGCCAUCGCAAGCGACGGCAACUUUGCCUGGAUAGAGGAACACCGCUAUGGCUCAAGUGUCACUCAGCUUGAGAUUUAUCACGGUGUACUGAAUGACGUUCCAAACAGAAAAGAUCGAAGCUCCUUCUACCUGCGUCAACCACUUGUGGCUAAUGAGAUGAAUGGCGAGGAUUUCAAGGUAUACGAAGCUGAGUCGACAUGGCACCAUGAAAGACAGCAAAGUCUGCGAGAGACUAUCAAACAAACUCCUGGCCUCAAUGUUAAAGAAUACAAAACCAAAGAUGAAGUGUGCAAGUAUAUUAAAAAGGAUGUUAUCCAGUGGUUGGAGAGUGAUUUUCCCAAAGGUUCGGAACUUUCUCGAUUGGAAAUCCAACGAGAAGCACAUGAAGCGUUCGCUGAUGCCAGAUGUCGGGUUUAUAUUGGUGGAGAGAAAUAUUUCCAGAUGAUUGACACAUUAAUGACAACCACUAAGCGCCAACCAGUUGUGAUUUUGGGCCAAUCAGGAAGCGGAAAGUCAGCCUUAAUCGCAAAUUGGUGCUCAAGAAUUAUGGCCGAAGAGCCAGAAACGUUCUUUUUCGUUCAUUUUAUCGGCAGUUCGUCUGAAAGCGCCUCCUAUCUGAAAAUGCUCUACCGGUUAUAUGAAGAACUGAAAGAUUUCUUUGGUUUUGACCUUGAAGUUCCUUCAUCUGAUACUGCCAUCGUCCAAGACUUAUCUCAAUGGCUCCAAAUGGCAGCGUCUAUCAAGAAAUGUGUGGUCGUUUUUGAUGCGCUUAAUCAACUUGAUGAUGGAUCAGGAAUCGGAGGCCCUGAACAAGAUCUUAGGUGGAUACCAGAUCCUUUACCCUCAGACAAUGUCAAGAUUCUCAUGUCAACAUUACCAGGCAAGGCCAUGGACAGCGUAAAACGUUUCCAGUGGCCAACUCUAAAGGUGGAGCCUCUAAAUACAGAGGAGAAAGGGGAGAUAAUCACUGAAUUUUUUGAGAAAAUCUAUGGCAAAACUCUGAGCUCUGACCAAAGAGAAUUAAUAAAGAAUUCACCACAGACGGACAACCCGUUGUAUCUACGCACCCUCCUCGAUGAAAUUCGCAUGUAUGGAAGUUUCUUCACUUUGACGGAGAAGAUCACCGAAUAUCUCAAUGCCGAUUCCCCUAAAAGUUUAUUCACGAAAAUUCUGGCGCGUCUCGAAGAAGAUUAUGCCGAUCAAAAGUUUGUAAAUUACCGAAUUGGUCAUUUGUUUAUCCUCUUUUCAAAAUGA